UGCACAAUCGCGGUUUUGUUGUUGUUUUGAAAUAGAAGAGUGAAUGCAUUUUAAAAUGCAUUAUAUUAUGCUUAGUUAUUAACUUAAAAAAAACUGUUCCAUCUCAAUUCUGGACCCAUGUUCGAACUUGAGCCUUUCAAAAUAUUGUGUGUUGUUGAUCUAGUGCAUUUGUAGAUAGAAUUAUCCAGAAGUUUUUAUACUGCUAAUGAUGUCUGGUAGCAAAAGUAAGCAGAAAAAACAAUUGGCAGUUCAAGCGAUACAGCAACAUAUAUCAAGAAGUCCGCUCUUAGAACCGGAGUCAAAAAAUGCAAGCACGCAGACGGAGUCGGAAGAAUCUACGUCGCUAAACGACAGUAUUAAUACUAAGCUAAAUAAGAUCUUUUCAAUGCUGUCCCACUUGAACACGAAGGUGGAUGCUUUGGCUGCGAUGCCAUGCCAGCAUGCGAAAGCGUCUCCUAACGGUACGCUGAGCAAAAUUACUUUGCAACCUGUGCAAAGUUUGGCAGAUCUAGAACGCUUGGAAGAGAAUUGCCGUGACGAGAAUUUCGUCAAGAUCACGGUUACAUCGAUUGGAAGAAUACACGGCCGUCACCGAUAUACGGGACGUGGAGCAACAGUAAGCCUUCAAAUAAUUGACUAUUUUUUCGCGCGUGGUUUUUUAGUCCAGUGCUCCUGGACAGGCAGUGGUCGUACUUCUGGCAAAGAAGAGGCAAAAAAGCAGAAAAUCCCGUUCAUGAAAUUUGAUAAAACGAUCGACUUGUUUUAUCAGACUGUACUUCAUUCUGACCCGACCUAUACGGUAAUCGAUUGUAAAGCUUUCUUGCAUCGCUGUUUAAGAAAUGCAAAGCAAAGAUUUGACGAAGUGACUGGAGCCAGAAAACCGGUUUCACGAAAACGAAAGCGAUUAGCAAUUCCCGACAAUCAUUUUAGCACGGAAGACGUCGAUAACGACAGCAACGUCAAUGACACAGUCGAGGAAGAAUACCCGGAAGAAACGGUCGAGAAUAGACCUUGCUCUACAUUUUGGAAGGUUGAAAGUGUGGAGAUAAAAGAUGAGUAUGUUUCAGAAGAUGUUUAAUAUAGAAAUAAUAAAA